CCCUCCCCAGAUGGAAAGACCGGCAAUAAAUUCCGUUUGGACCAUACAAAUGUCUGCAUUCUGCAUCACCACGUGGAGUUCAUAAAUUCGUCCUCGGAGCCGUGUCGGAGCCGCCAAGAGCCUCAAAAUUGAGUCCUUCUUCUGAUAUCGACCCUACCUUACCUUCCACAUAAACUUAGUCCUCUGAGUUCGUGUCUACAGCCGAAGCCUGGAUAGUUCGACUAUCAUCGUUCUUCGAUCUUCCAACCGCCCUUCGAAAGUUACUUUUGCACCAAUCUUCUUGAUCAUCAAACGGUUGGAGAUAUGAUCACCUUGAGACCAUGGUUUGUGUCCGACACUACGCCCUGAAAAUGAAGUUUCUUGUCUUUUGCCGAUUGGCCUGUCACCGUUGAGACCUUGGGAAUUCUCAUUGGACAGGUUUUCUCUUUUUGCUUUUUGUAAUUGUUUCUGUAAAGUCAAAUUGCCAAUAAAGCGCGAUUGAGGGAAUGAUAGCCGGUCAAAAGCAUUGCAAAUCUCCCCUUCUACGAACUCACUUUCUGCUGAACAACUGACAAAAGUCUAAUUCAGACAAGGCGUUGUCAUUUUCCUCGCUUCUGUCUCUCGGGGAGUAAAAGAUUUCUGCAUUAGCGACGGUCUCUACUUUGUGUAAAGUUAAUACUCGCCCCUAUCUCUCUACUUCCAUAGAUCGAUCAGACCAGCCAUAGCCGAGCGAUCAGCGUGGAGAAUUAAAACUAGAUCACACGGACGACCUUGGGGUAUGGCCGGAUCCAGCACGAUGAGGAUGAUGCCAACUUUAGAGCCAUCGGAACCAAUGCGUCUAGACCUAUCUCUUGAGCAAUAUAAUGAGGACAGGUUAGUGUCUACUUGCAGGGAUAGUGUUCCUGCAGUAGACCAUCGUAUGCACCUAAUUGGCCGAUAUUCGAUCUAGGAUCGAAGCUGACGGGGAAUAGUAUAUCAGGAAGGGAAACUGUAC